AUGAAGAAAGAAAAAAUAAGGUUGGCAAGAUUCUGACUUUAUUCUCAGAAUUCUGACUUUAAAGUCAGAAUUCUGACUUUAAUCUCAGAAUUCUGACUUUAAAGUCAGAAUUCUGACUUUAAUCUCAGAAUUCUGACUUUAAAGUGAGAAUUCUGACUUUAAUCUCAGAAUUCUGACUUUAAUCUCAGAAUUCUGACUUUAAAGUGAGAAUUCUGACUUUAAUCUCAGAAUUCUGACUUUAAUCUCAGAAUUCUGACUUUGUGACGUUCGUGGAGCUAUGAAUUGUGGGGGGACCGUCAGCGUGUCGCGUGACUUGAAAGAACGGACAUCAUGUCGUCACCCAGCGACUUUUUGCGUGGCCGAGGAGUGUCGGAGGACCUCCUUUCACUUUUGGAGGAGCAGAGGAUUGACAGUGAUGUCAUAGCACUGAUGGACGAUGCCACCCUUGCCAAUUAUGUCCCGUGCUAUGGAGACCGUAUAGCACUCUUCAAUUUUUGCAAGACUCAACAGCUCCCAUCCAAAAGAAAAAAUGGACUUUUGGAAAAAUUACGUGAAAAAAUGAAAAUCAGGAAAGAAGACGGGAAAGAAGACACGUCCUCAAAGACACAACAAGCAAGACAGACGAAGAGGCAGAAAACAACGAGAAAUGUUGCAAUUGGAUGGAUACACAAUGAUGGAAAAAUAACCAAACAGGUGAGGGAGAAGCAGGGAGGGGGUACCAGAAAAUUUCAAAUGUCCACAGAAGCUGGGUUGAAAGAAAUUCUCAAGGAAGGAAAGAAACUAUUUUUCCCCGAUGGAAUUUCUCCUAAAGGAUCUGAAUUGGACUUUCAGUUUGAGGUGUGGGAUUUCAAACAAAACCUCCUAACUGAUGAAACCUGCCAAUCCAUCGGCAAUAUGUAUGAGGCUGCAAAGCUCACGUUGUUGCGCUUUUACAUUGCAACAAGGCCAAAGGACGACCACCAUGAUGGCAGCACAGCGUCCAAAGAAGUAUUGGUUGUGGCUGCCAGUGACUACAACUCUGAAAUUGAAGAGAUAAUACAGAAGAAGCAGGUGUUGGAUCUGGAGUACUGA